AUGAAAUCGGCACCAGAAGCAUCACCACCACCCACUUAUAUAUUUCGAGAGCAUAAAGAUACUGUAAACUAUGUGCAUUUAUUUAAUCAAGAUCAACAUCUAGCGUCAUGUGAUGCUGAUGGUUGGAUCGUAAUUUGGAAAAUGAAAACGAGGAGAGUGAUAUUGAAAUGGAAAGCACACAAAGAUAGUUGUCUAAAAGUAACGACAAUGAAAGCAACAGCAACAACAACAACAACAACAGCAACAACAGCGAGCGAAAAAUACACGCUGAUAAGUCAGGGCAGAGAUAACCAAAUCCAUAUUUGGAAGUUGCACAUAGAAGACGAUAACCAAGAUCCUUCGUUAGAAACAUCUCUUGUGUAUAACGCAUUAGGAUUCUGUAAAUUCUCUCUGGAUGAACAGCAAGAUGAGUCGACCUUACUAUGCUUUCCAUCCAGAGACGACAUUGCAAUGUUUGAUAUCUAUGACUUGACUUAUCAAUGCUAUGUGCUUCAGAACAUUGGGCAAACUGAUAGCGGUACACACCGGCUAGGCUCAUGUAUGGCAGUUGAACUAUUUAGGACAUCUGAUGGUCUAUUUGUGCUCGCGGCAUACGAAAGUGGGGCGACAGCAUUGUGGGAAAUCAAACAAUCCAAAUCUACACUGAUGUGGCAAAUGAAAGAACAUCAAGAACCAGUUCUUGAUCUGUCAAUUGAUCCUUUUAGGACAUUCGUUAUAUCAUCAUCAGCAGAUAAUCAAAUAUGCAAGUACUCGCUUGCAACAGGUGAUGUUAUCAACAAGAUAACGAUAAAAAAAUCUGGAGCUGUGGCGCUACGAAUUCGACCUGACAACAAGAUAUUUGCACUGGGCGGUUAUGAUGGCAGAAUCCGACUGUUUUCUGUGAAAUCCAUGAAGCCUUUGGCAGUCUUGUCGUACCAUAAAGAUACAGUGUAUAGCGUAGAUUUCAGUCAAAAGGAUAAUUGGAUGGUCUGCGCUAGUCAAGAUCAUCGUAUCAGUCUAUGGAGCAUAUUUUAA